UGAAUAAAUUCAAUCGAAGAGUUGCAAAGUGUUUAGUUUAAAGUCGGUAAUCGUACGAAGUUGGUCGUUACAAUUAUCAUUAACAUUUUAUUCUUCAGUGCAAAACGGUGAAAAAUUAACAAGAUGCCAAUCGAAUUAAACACUCCUGAUGCUCUUGAGUAUCAUUUCUAUCCAAUCCGAAAUGGAUUUUGUCAAUUCCGUGUUCGCGCACCAAACGAUGCUCACGUGGCGUUGACCGGUGAACCAAAUGAGACCCAUCCGGUGGUUGAGGUUUUUAUCGGUGGAUGGCAAAAUUCGAAAUCGGUCAUUCGUUACAAUCAAACUAAACCUGAAGUAGCCGAAGCUGACACUCCAAAUAUUUUAAGUCCAAAUGAAUUCCGCGGUUUUUGGAUUCGUGUUAUCGAUGGUGUGGUAACAGUUGGACGUGAAGGAGAGGCAGCUGCAUUCCUUUCGUGGCACAAUCCACAACCGUUUUUGGUCAACUACGUGGGCGUUUGUACUGGAUGGGGAGCAAAUGGAUCAUGGAUUAUUGAUGAUCCACAACCACAAGACUUGGGAUGGCAAGGCUCACAACAAGUAGCAACCGAGCUUCGUAGUAGUUUUGCAGGUGAAUCGACUGGAUCACCAUGUUGGGUGCCUGCAUCAAACGGAGAAGUGCCUCCAGAAGCGGUUCAAGGCGGUACCGAUGGUGAACCACUAUUCGUUGCUCGUGCUCGCCAUGAAGGCGAGUUGAUUCCAGGAAAAUUGGUUCCAUCGCACAAUGUCGCCUACGUUGCCUUUGGCGGUGGAGAGCAUCCACAUAGCGAUUACGAAGUUUUAGUUGGAUGUCGUCCAAACUGGAUUCAGGUUGAAGGCAACCAAAUUCCACCACAAGCUGUACCAGCAGGAGAGACAUCCGAUGGCGAACCUUUAUUCAUUGGGCGCGUGCAUCACGAAGGAUCGGUUACAAUUGGAAAAGUUCAACCAAGUCAUAACACUUGCUAUAUCCCAUACGGUGGUCAAGAAUUGGCAUUCCAAGCCUUUGAAAUUUUAACCUGCAAUUGAAUUAAUAAAACCAGUGCAAUUUAAAUGAAAACACAAGCUUCAGCUUAAUUUACACGCAAUAUAUAAUGCAUAAGUAAAAUAAAUACUUUCCACGCAGUAACGUUUAUCUUCUGCCUAUAAAUAUUUUAGAAAUUGUCUCUUCACGUUGAAAUAUUUAAUAAAGUAAUAUACCUUCAUGUGUGAAAAUGUCAA